CACCUGCCCAUAAAAGUCUCCGGCAUGCUGCGUGCGGUUUAUAACCACAGUUUGGUUUUUGCAUCCUUCUGCUGCAGCUCAACUUCCCUGAGAGGAAAAAAGAACGAGUAAGAGAAAGAGUGAGAGAAAGAGUGAGGGACAACAAGAGAGGGGAAAGAGUACGUGGCCAUGCAUCUCCACUCUGCCUGUGGAUUUGCCUUGGUGGUACAACUUUACCUGUUGCAUCAUGCCCAAGCAGGGGCAUAUUAUGGACACCAGCAGCUGGCCCAGCAAAACCAACCACUGCCGCAGUUACCUCACACGCCACUGGGCAAGGAAGGGAUACCCCAACAGCAAUACUUAGGGAAGGAGUUGCCUCAUCUGCAAUAUGGAAACGAUAUGCCUGUGCUCCCAUACUAUGGAAAGGAACAGCUACAGAUGCCCUUCCCUUUGGCAAACCCCAAUCUAGGCAAAGGUGAAAACAUUUUCAGAGGACAGAAGGGUCCAUCAGGUGAAAAUAUUUUUCGAGGUCAGAAAGGUCCUUCAGGUGAAAAUAUUCCCAGAGUACAGAAAGGUCCUGCAGGUGAGGUUGGCCCUAUGGGACCUCGAGGACCUCAGGGGCCCCCUGGACCACCAGGUCAGGGGAUUCCAGGACCUUAUGGGAAACCAGGCCUACCUGGCCCUCCAGGGCCCCCGGGAUUUGGAAAACCUGGUAUGCCAGGACCGCCAGGAAAGCCUGGAGGAAUGGGCUUGCCAGGGCCAAAAGGUGACUUUGGGCCAGGUGGUGGUGUGGGACCAGUAGGAUUGCCAGGACCUCCAGGUCUCCCAGGACCACCUGGGUUGCCAGGUCUGUCAAAACCAGGUGUGCAGGGAUUACCUGGACAGCCUGGAUUUCGUGGCGAGCCUGGACAAAAGGGUGCUCCAGGGAUUCCUGGGCUUCCAGGACCUAAAGGUGAUUUUGGACUUGGUCUUCCAGGAUUACCAGGGGUAAAAGGACCACCUGGGCCUCCCGGAAUACCAGGCCCAGGAGGACUACCAGGAGUUGGAAAACCAGGUCUAAAUGGACUACCUGGGCCCCAUGGAGGCCCUGGUAAACCUGGUCUCCCUGGUGAGCAAGGGUUACCAGGCCCUCCUGGUGAAGAAGGACAACCAGGGCCCCCAGGCCUACCAGGUAUUGGCAAACCUGGUCUGGAUGGUUUUCCAGGGCCACCUGGUCUUCCAGGUGGAAAGGGAGAGCCAGGGCCACAUGGUUUUCCAGGAGGUCCAGGCUUACCUGGAAUUGGCAAACCUGGAUACCCUGGACCAAAAGGUGACAAAGGACAUGGUGGCUUACCUGGACCUCCAGGUCUGAAAGGUGAGAAAGGUCAUGGUGGAUUUCCUGGAAUAAUUGGCCCACCUGGACCAGGUGGUCUACCUGGUCCACCAGGUCCCAUGGGGCCCCCAGGUGGCAUUGGCUUCCCUGGACUAAAAGGAGAGGGGGGUGAAGUUGGACCAAAAGGACCAGUAGGUCCAACAGGUGAACCAGGUCCUCCAGGACUUCCAGGAAAAUCGGGGCUCCCAGGAGAAGGUGGGCAACCAGGACCCAGAGGCUUACCAGGACCUUUAGGGCCUCAGGGUGAAAAUGGACACAAGGGUUUACCUGGUCUCCCCGGGGCUCACGGCAAGCCUGGACCAAAGGGGGAAGGUGGUCUUCCAGGAGAAAAAGGUAGUCAAGGGCCAAUAGGAAUCCCAGGAUUAAUGGGGCCCACUGGACCAAUUGGGCCCCCUGGCCUGCCUGGACCAAAGGGAGAAUAUGGAGCACCAGGGAAGCCUGGACCACCAGGUGAAGGAAAGGGUGGUUUUCCUGGCCCAAUGGGUCCACCGGGGAAACCAGGUCCUGGUGGAUUUCCAGGUAAACCUGGAAUACCUGGCCUUCCUGGUCCUCCAGGUCCACCGGGGCCUCCAUCUGCUGAUGGUGCUAUUCUUCCUGACAUGGGUCCAGGAUUUGAUGGGGCCAAACAAGGAUCCUAUCAGAAAAUCAAGCCUGGAGAUUUCAGUGGCAGGAAUGUUCUUGAGAUGCCUGCCUUUACUGCUCAGCUAACAACACCAUUUCCACCUGUUGGCACACCUGUGGUCUUCAACAAGAUCUUGUACAAUGGCAACCAGAAUUACAACCCUCAAACUGGCAUUUUCUCCUGCAGUAUACCAGGAAUUUACUAUUUUGCAUACCAUGUCCACUGCAAAGGGGCCAAUGUGUGGGUGGCUCUGCAAAAGAACAAUGAACCAGUCAUGUAUACAUAUGAUGAGUGCAAAAAAGGUUUUCUGGAUCAGGCAUCAGGAAGUGCAGUACUGCCUCUACAGUCUGGAGACUCUGUUCAUGUUCAGUUACCAUCAGAUCAAGCUCCCGGACUUUAUGCUGGUCAAUAUGUCCAUUCGUCAUUCUCUGGAUAUUUAUUAUACCCGAUGUAAUGUGUCAGAUGUGUCCCUCACAAGUCAGUGGUGGGAAUAUAAAAUGUACAUGCUUGCUACCAAAACUGAUGAGUGGGAAUGAAAAGCACAGUAAAUUCAGUGAAAUCGACUUGAUCAGUGUUCUUUGGAAAUGAAGUGUGUCCAAACAGUUGAUGUGAAUUUUUCAAAUGGCAGUACCCAAGGCAAUAAAGAUAAAAAAAAAAUCCAUUAAAACUGAACCUGAACAUAUUUACGUGAGUGAUUCCAUUUGAGGUUGUGUUUCACCAUGCAGUUUACAUAUGGACUAGCAAUAAAGUAAAUGUUCAUUAAUAGCAAAGACACACUUUUCCACAUAUUACCUGACAGUAUUUAUAUAAUACAGGGAUAAUAUCGGCUAAUAACAUACAUAGCGUGUUUCAGUUUUUUUUUUUUCUCUUCCAUACGCACUCAUUACAAUAAUCUAUACAUAAACUCAAUGUACUCUCACUCUUUGUAUGGUGCAACCUAUUUGUUAUGGUAUAUUUCGCUUUUCCAGUUAUCACAUCACAAUAGCUUAGAUCUUCUAUCAUCUGUGAAUCAGAAUUUAACAUCGAGGAAACAAGGUGUCGGUUUUGUUUACUGAAACAACCUGGGGGAAACUAAUUAAAUAUGUAUAUGUGUACAUAUAUAUUUCCGAUUUCUUUUUCUUUCUUUUUUUUUUUAACCGUUUCAACGUAGUAUCAGUACCAUUAGAUGCUGAAAAGUUUUCUGUGGGGUUUCUUUCUCUUUGUAAUUUAUUUUCAAUUUUUUUUGUUUUACUACUGAGUGCUUGAAUUUGUAAAUGUGCAGAAAUUAUGAUGAUGGAACAAAAAAAAAAUGAAGAAAGGAAUUCUGUUUUCUAAUUUACAGAUUGGUGCUAAAAAUUUAAUUGAAUGAGGAACAGUGAAGUUUAUAGUGUCUUUUUUUUUUUUUUUUAAAAUAAAAUUUAAAUGAUAGAAAUGA